GUGGUUGUGCCGAUUAUUGACUGGCAAUCAAGAACUUUCAGCCGACCAGUUAUUCUUCUAAUAUGUUUUGGUGCAAUCGCUUUAUUCCCAAGUGUCUUGAUACCUUCUUCUCCCUUUAUGUGGAUUGCGGGGAUGACCUUUGGAUAUGGUUAUGGCUUUCUGAUAAUUACAACGGCGAUGAGCAUAGGCAUGUCAUUACCAUUUUGUAUAGGAUCUGCGUUCCAUUCCAGAAUACAUAGAUGGUUGGAAAAAUGGCCGAAGAAAGCUGCUUUUGUUAGACUUGCUGGUGAAGGAGAUUGGUUCCAUCAAUUUAGGGCAGUUGCUUUACUUAGGAUUUCUCCAUUUCCAUAUAUAGUUUUUAACUACGCUUCCGUGGCUACAAAUGUCAAAUAUUGUCCAUAUAUAGCUGGUUCAAUGGCGGGAACCAUACAUGAAACCCUCCUUGCAAUUUAUAGUGGGAAGCUCGUUCAAAGCUUGGCUGCGGCGACUAGCCAAGGGUCUUUCUUGUCAGUGGAUCAGAUCAUCUACAACGGAAUUGGCUUUACGGUUGCUGCAGUUUCCACUGCUGCAAUAACUAUUUAUGCGAAGAAGGCGCUCCAAAAAUUGCAAGCCGAGGAUGAGCUAUGUUGAUAUCCUUGCUACGGAUCAAAUCUUGAUGCUAGGUCCCCUCCAGGUGUAAACUACAAACGGGCACUACUAAUCUGGUUUCAAUCGUCAACAACCUGCAACAAUUGUAAAGAAAAUAGAGAUCCAGAAUCACUACCCUUCUCUCUUCUUUUGGUUUUGUUUUAAGUAGAGAGAGAGAAUUGCCAAAAUUAAGAACUAAAAUCAAUGUACGAACCGGGGCCUGUGCAAUGUAUAUUUCAAGCUGCUUAAGGUGAAAUUAUCUUUGUUUUGUUUA